UCUACAAUACAAAUCCAUGUCCUGAACACCUCUCCUCAUCUCUCUCUCUCUCUCUCUUUCUUCUUGUUUAUGACUUCGAUAACAUUCAUUCCACGAUGACUUUUUCACACCCCACUAGAAUGUCUAAAAUCUCAACUCUUUCACUCUUCCUUUUGUUGCUUACAUUUUUCCUCCCUGUAUGCACUGCACAUGCAAGUUCCAUCACUGAUGAUCUCCAGAAUAACUGCUUGAAGGUACCUGUAAAUCAAUUUGUGGGAUCUUUGAUGAGCACUCUUGAUAUAAUCCGAGAUGUCAUCUCUAUAAUCUCAAAUUUCGGCAAUGUUUUUGGUGACAUUCGCCUUACCAAUGCCAUAACUGAUUGUCUUGACUUGCUUGACUUCUCUGCUGAUGAGUUGAGCUGGUCCAUGUCUGCUUCCCAGAAUCCUAAUGGUAAACACAACAGCACCGGCGAUUUGAGUUCUGAUUUAAGGACAUGGUUAAGUGCUGCACUUGUUAACCAGGACACAUGCAUUGAAGGAUUUGAUGGUACAAGCAACAUUCUUAAAGGUCUGGUGUCCGGUAGCCUUAACCAAAUCACUUCAUCAGUCCAACAACUUCUCAAGAAUGUGGACCCACAUACCAACUCCAAGUCCAGUGAAGGUGGCUUCAGUGGUAGCAUAAGUGGCAAUAAUGACCGCUUUCCUUCAUGGGUUAAGCAUGAAGACCGCAAAUUGUUAGUCUUGAAUGGGGUCACACCUAAUGUAAUUGUAGCAGCAGAUGGGACUGGGAAUUUCACUAAGAUAAUGGAUGCAGUAGCAGCUGCACCUGAUUAUAGCAUGCAUCGACACAUCAUUUACAUUAAGAAAGGUGUGUACAAUGAAUAUGUGGACAUCAAGAAGAAGAAAUGGAAUCUGAUGAUGGUCGGAGAGGGUAUGAAUGCUACAAUCAUUACCGGUAACCGGAACUAUAUCGAUGGUUGGACAACUUUUCGCUCUGCAACCUUCGCGGUCAGCGGCAGAGGAUUCAUAGCUCGAGACAUCACUUUUGAGAACACCGCAGGACCUUCAAAACACCAAGCAGUUGCUCUCCGAUCUGAUUCAGACCUAUCAGUCUUCUUCCGGUGUGAAAUUAAGAGCUACCAGGAUUCACUCUAUACACAUACAAUGCGUCAAUUCUACCGGGAAUGCCGUGUGAGUGGGACGGUGGAUUUCAUUUUCGGUGAUGCAACUGCAGUGUUCCAAAACUGCCAGAUUCUAGCCAGAAAAGGCCUACCAGACCAAAAGAACACGGUAACAGCUCAUGGUCGGAAGGACCCAAGUCAACCAACAGGCUACUCUUUCCAAUUUUGCAACAUCUCAGCAGAUAUUGAUCUCUUGCCUUAUGUCAACUCCUCCUACACUUACCUUGGCAGACCCUGGAAAAAUUUCUCAAGAACCAUAAUUAUGCAAUCCUACAUGAGCAAUGCUAUAAGGCCAGAAGGAUGGCUAGAGUGGAAUGGCAAUGUGUAUUUGGAUACUUUGUACUACGGCGAAUACAUCAACUAUGGCCCAGGAGCUGGUGUAGGUAGGAGGGUUAAGUGGCCUGGAUUUCAUAUGUUGAACGAUUCCACGCAGGCUAAUAAUUACACAGUGGCCCAAUUCAUUGAAGGCAACUUGUGGUUGCCAUCAACAGGAGUGAGAUACACAGCAGGAUUGGAAGUUUAGUAAUGUAAUCAUGAUUUUCGAUUUGUUUAAUAUGUUAGUUGAAGCUGUUUCAAGGAUUGCAGACUAGUUUGGCUUUUGGAAAAAUAAGUAUAUCAUAACCCAAA